UGAUCCCAAGAUGUCCACGGAAUAGGAUCUCAGCCAAUUUACACAUCUUGGGUUUUUUGUUCUUCAUUUUUGUGUGUCCGAGAGCUAUCUCAUUUCUCGUUCUGUCCCCCCCACGAAGGAUCAAAGCAGCCAACAAUCCUCCACUCCAUCUGAUUCUCCUCCUGGCCACAUAAUGGUGGCAACUCAACUCACAGGAAAUAGGAGAGAAGACCAAUCAACCACACAUUCACCAGUUUACGCCAACUACCUUUUCAGGUUUGACCAUUCCAUCUACCGUAUCUAUGGCGCACGUUAGAUGUACCCUCAUAAUGGUUCACACGUUGAGUUAAUGGUGAUGGGGAAAAGCUAUUGAAUGAGACACUUAAAUUUCCUGGUUCCUGUGAUAAUCCAAGCGGACCCAUUAAUUUUUUCUUCAGGUUGAGGAUCAGAAUAGCAAAACAAUGUCAAUUGGUGAAUAUGCUUCACAGAACAUUGAUGUUGAUGAUAAAGGGUUUGGGAAAAUAUUGUCACAAGAAGGUCUUGCAUCUGAUACCAAGGACAUGGGAGAGUUAGCAAGUGCCAUGGAAGUUUUAACUAGAGUGGACUUGGACUUGGCUUACUCCUCUGAGAAGUUGCUAAAUUUGAACACACUUUUGAUGAACUUGUUGUCGUGUGAUAUUAAUUUUGAAGCAGUGGCCGCAGAAAAUGACAGUAUUGCAGGGGACUGCAUUGAGAAGGCGUGGACAUUUGAUCUCUUAAAUGGCAUUUUAGAUUCUGAGGUUAGAGAGUUGAACACUUUCAUGGGUGCUCUAGAAGCUCUGAUUGUCGAUACUUGUUAUAAAAUAGCUUCAUUUGGACACUUGGGAGAUUUGGUUACUGCAGUGGAAGGUAAAUUGCACGAUUCAGAAGAAUUGUUGAAGCAGUCACAAGAGCAUGUCCUAGAGAUGAAUAUGCAGUUGGCCAAGUUGCAGAUGACCUCAUUAGCUUCUAACCAUAAUGAUUGGAAAUAUGACAGGGGAAUGGGCUUAUCACGAGAUUUUCAAGUUUCCAAUGUAGGUGUGAAAUCACAAAUGCAGAUGGUUGAGCAAAGACAAAUUCUUAGAAUGCUGGAGAAAUCUCUUGCAAGAGAGCUAGAUCUUGAGAAAAAGUUAACAAAAUCUAAAGAAAAUGAGGAAGAUUUAAAAUUAAAGCUACGCCUAACAGAACAAGUAACUUUCUGCAUGGAAGAGGCGGCAGAAGUUGUUUGGGGUAGGUUUUUAGAAUCGGAUAAUGCAGCAGAGGUGCUUUUGGGAAUUUCAAAGGGACUGGUGGGCCGACUUCAAGUUGUUCAAUUCAAUCUAAAUGGUUCAGCCCAACGAGAAGAGCAGAUGAAAUCUAGACUCCAAGAAUGCAUAGAACAGUUGAAAGCUAAAGAAACUAUUGUACAAAAGCUCAAUAGCAGCAAUGCACAACUUAUUGCUGAUAAUUCUGAAGUAUCUGCUUUGAAGGAAAAAGUUACAUUGCUUGAAGCACAACUGAGAGAAUCUGAAUCCCAGCUGAAGAAAGCCAAUGGAGUCAUUGAAGUGACUCAAGAUCAACUUAGAGAAAUGGACAGUGUAAUUGAGUCCCUGAAAGAAAAUAUUUAUGCCACAGAAAGUAGGGCCGAAAGUGCAGAAGCCAAAAUUGUGCAGUUAACAGAGACAAACUUGGAACUAACAGAAGAGCUGGGUUUUCUUAAAGGUAAUAAUGAUAGCAGCACAGAGAAGGUGAGCUUACUAGAGAAGCAAUUGAGGGAAUUAGAACCACAACUACAACAUGCAAGGGCUUCCUCUGAAGCAAGUCAAGAGCAGCAGAACUUGUUGUAUUCUGCAAUUUGGGAUAUGGAAACUCUGAUUGAUGAACUGAAACAAAAGGUUUCGAAAGCUGAAAGUAAGUGUGAGAAUGCAGAGGAGCAAUGCCUUAUAUUGUCUGAAACUAACUUAGACCUUAACAAAGAACUAGAUUUUCUGAGGUCCAGAAUGGAAUGCUUGGAGACAUCACUCAAUCAAGUUAAGAAUGAUAAACUAUCAAGGGUGAACGACAUUACUGUUAAAACCAAUCUAAUUAUGGACAUGAUCAUGCAACUAGCCACGGAAAGGGAGCGCAUACAGAAGCAGUUAUAUUCUUUAAGAGAGGAAAACAAAAUUUUGAGGGUGAAGUUACAGAGAACAAUGAAGGACGCAUCUGUAAGAAUACAUGACAAUGGAGGCAAUUUUGAUAGACCAUCUUCCAAGCUUGGAUCAGCUAAUCCUAUUCGUACUGAAAUUUGCAGGGAAGUGGCAACAGAACCAUCCUCAGAAAUGUUCCAGGUAGAAGAAUUAUCAAAAGAUACACCUGCUAGUGAGACUGAAGUUGGGUCUUCCAUCACUGCAGACAGUUCAACCAAUUCGGUUCUUGACCAACAGGCCGAGGGUGUGGACGAGGCAGCACAGCCAUGGCAAUUGUAUACCUUUAUGGCACUAGCGGUUCUACUGCUUUCAAUGUUAGCAACAUAUUUGCUUAACAAGACACACAGUCCUUGACACAUAUUUCCUGGAAUGUAUUUGCUUGUAGGAUUUGAUUGAUUAAUGUGGGUUUUGGAAGUUCCUUAGCAUGCCCACAAUUUGUUGUUAAGUUUCCUAGGAUUUGCCAAUUCUAAUCAGAACAGAGAUUGGAUUGUGAAUACUUUUAUAAUUUUUUUAAUUGUUAUUUUUUUCCCCUGUAAAUAUCAGUGAAGAACUGUGUUUAUAAACUAUUGUAUUGUAAUCUAAAUGAAUGCAGACAUUGUUGAUUGAUUCUCUAACCAAGACUAAAAGGGCA